UGGCCGGAGCGUUGUCCCGGGCGGAGCGGUGCGGUGCGGUAGCGGCGGGCCGGGCCGGAACGGCGACGAGCGGCAGCCGAGCGGCCAUGAGAACCGAGAUCUCGACGGCCGCGGCGUUCGUCACCCGGCUCCUGCGGGCCGCCGGCGGGAUCGGUGACGAGCAGCUGCGGUGCUUCAGGGAGCGCCUGCAGGAGGCGCUGCGCGAACACUACAGGCACCACUGGUUCCCCACGGCGCCCACCAAAGGCUCCGGGUAUCGGUGCAUUAGGAUCAACCACCAGAUGGACCCGCUGAUCGGCAAAGCGGCGGCGACCAUCGGACUGAGCCACGAGAGACUGUUCCAGCUCUUGCCCAACGAAUUGACUCUUUGGGUCGACCCUUUCGAGGUGUCGUAUCGGAUAGGAGAGGACGGCUCCAUCUGCGUCCUCUAUGAGAAUCCACAGCCCGGGGCCAAGGCGAGUAAACCCCUGGAGAGCAGGAACAGCUGUAAGAAGUGGAGAACUGGCCGGUCCAGCCCGUCCGAGAGUUACAACAUGAUGACUGUUUCUAGUUAGAAGCUGCUGUUUCUUGUACAGCUAUUGUACGUAUCCCAGUUGUGUGAUAAACUCCAUUGUAACCGAGGUCUCUCGAUUGGUGUUUUUUUUAACGAGUAGUUAAUGGUAGUUUCACCCUGUGGCAUUCGGGUUGUAUCGUACUGCCAAUGCUGUGUGGCCAAGGGCUAAAGCGGGUCUUGGAUCCGCGUGUUCCUCUGGACCAUGUACUGUAAAUGCACUGUACAGACGGCUGAUUGUUUUACACAUUUCUAUUUUCGAGGCGAUUCUGGUAUUUGUAAUAAAAAGCCACGUUGUAGCGACUCAUGGUGGAUUUGUAGUCCAGAUGAACACUUUGUUUUUGAAAUAAAACAACAAAACCAAACUCCAUUUGCAAGCAAUAACACAAAGGGGAUUAACACAGAAGCCAGGAGCUGCACAUCGAUCUCCACUGACUUGUCUGCACAGACUUUUCUCAGGGUCAUUCCAGUUUGGCUGCAGGGCACAAAUCACUCAAGUAUUUUUUACCUUUUUCAAGGCACGUGUUCAUUUGGAGCCGCGUUUCAUCACGCCCCAAUGUUCUGACAGGGGUUGGGGGAUUUGUCUAUCUUCUUUCUAGUUGGCCGAGUAGAAUAAUAAAGACUUGCUCAAAGUGC